GCCAUUUAUAUGAUGUAUCUCCCGCUAAAGGUAAGCUAAAUUCCGGUCUCUUACAUCCAGUCAUGCCGACGACUUCCACCACAGUAACAGAUAUGGCCGGACCAUCAAACGACGAGGUAUCGCGGCCACCGCCAGCGAUGAUCUCCGGCGACUCUACCUCUACCUCCACCUCCACUUCCAUAUCGUCCUCACUCUCAUCUCUAACACAGGCCUUUCCUUUCUCCUCUGGAAACCCUAGAAUCGAAGAGACCCGUGGCGUCAUGCACCUCUUUCGCGACGACGCCGUUUCCUCUUCCUCCUCCUCCUCAUCCUCCUCCACCUCCUCCGAUCUCCCUGUUGGAAGGAAGGCUCUUGUUUGUGUGUUACGAGUGCCGAAUCACAUGACAUAUGCAGAUUUCUGCCAGUUCUGCGGUUCAUUCAUUCAUCAUAUCUUAGAGAUGCGAAUUGUGAGGUUUAGAAAUGACGGAAUGGAGGAUCGGUACAGUAUUUUGAUUAGGUUUGAUGGUCAGGACUCCACCGAUAACUUCUACAGGCAUUUCAAUGGGAGGCGAUUCUCAUCCCUAGAGGUAGAGGUUUGCCAUGUGCUUUUCACGGUGGAUGUGCAGUAUACAGGCUCAAUUGAACAUGCACAGGCAUCCCCUGCAAGCUCAACUGAACAGCCCACUUGUCCAGUCUGUCUUGAGAGAUUAGACCAAGAAAUGAGUGGAAUUCUCACAACAAUCUGCAAUCAUUCUUUUCAUUGCUCUUGUAUUUCAAAGUGGACAGAUUCUUCUUGCCCGGUUUGUCGGUAUUGUCAGCAGCAGCCUGAAAAAUCCAUAUGUUUUGUUUGUCAAACUUCUGAGAAUCUCUGGAUUUGUGUUAUCUGUGGCUUUGUUGGCUGCGGGAGGUAUAAAGGAGGACAUGCCAUAAUACAUUGGAAAGAAACACAACAUUGCUAUUCUCUUGAAUUGGAAACGCAACGUGUGUGGGAUUACGUGGGUGACAACUAUGUUCACCGACUAAUUCAAUCCAAAACUGACGGAAAGUUGGUCGAGUUAAAUGCCCAUUGUGUGCAUGCUAAUGAUGGGUGUGGAAGUUGUGAAUGCGUAGAUUCUGGAUUUAACGAAGCCCUUUUGAACAGUAAAGUUGAAGCUAUUGUUAGUGAGUACAAUGAAUUGCUUGCCACUCAACUUGAGAACCAAAAAUUAUAUUUUGAGUCCUUACUGCAAGACGUCAAAGAAGAGACUGAAAGGGAAAUUUCUAAAGCUGUUGGCACGGCUAUCACUCAAAAACUGCAGAAGAUGCAGGCCAAGCUAGACAGAUGUGUUAAAGAAAAGGAAAUUCUUGAUGAUCUUAAUGAGAAUCUUUUGAAAAAUCAGGAGAUUUGGAAAGCUAAAAUACUUGAGAUUGAAGAGAGAGAGAAAAAGGUGUUGAAACUAAAAGAUGAUAAAAUUCAUGACUUGGAAGAACAGCUUAGAGAUCUGAUGGUGCACCUCGAAGCUGGACAGUCAAUGGAGGAGCUAUCAUUGUCAGAUCAAGUGAAGGAUGGCACUGUUUUGCCAAUAGCAAUAGAAUCCUCUUCGAGUAAUGAGUCUAAGGGGGCCAGGAACGUCAGUAACAGGGGAAGGAGCAAAGGAUGAAGGAUGGAUGAUCCAUCUUGUGUGGAAAAAAAGAGAGUACAGUACACUUCUUGUCUUAUCAACAUCGUGUAGCAACCUGGCUUAUUUUUAUAUCGUUUGUUUUAUCUGGUUGAAACUUAUUGGUGAUUAAAGAAUCCUAAACCCCUUCUGUAGCUACCUGGCUUAUUUUUAUACUGUUUGUUUUAUAGUAAUUUUUGUAAAUAUGUAUCUAGACUAUUGUUUUUUGAAGUAUAGAUUUACUGUAAUUUUGGUUAAAAGUCGGAAAUUAUAAUUAUCUUUGAUAAUUUGUGUAUGUUAUAAAAAUUAAUAUAAUGAUAUUCUUUUGUUUGUUAUUUUUUGAUAC